CCGGUUCUGCUCCCUGGCUGGGAGUCGAUUCAGUGGAUCUGAGGUUGCGCUGUUGGAAGCCGCGACUUUCUCAACAUUUCGUGUGCGCUGAACUACGAGAUAAACACACAUCGGAGCCGUCGAGGCUAAUGUCCGGAUUUCCACGCCGAUAAACGAGCAGUUCCUGCUCCACAAGAAAGAAACAAGCCAAGUGUUUGGUGCUUAUUUUCGCCGCAGCGAGGAGGUUUCUUCCACCGUGUCCGGACCAACACAGGCCGCCGCUGGAGACAGACGACUCGCCGGAGAAGCUAACAGUGUCUGGGGCGAGGAGCAGCGAAACACAACCUCCUCAAGCCGAUUUAUUUUCCAUUUUGUUGGCGGCUGGGCUUGAGCUCGUACUACGGUGUUGUGAGACGGACCGUGGCCUCCCUGUUUCCUCGGCCGUGCGAGGAGCUCGACUCUCCGCAGAAGAAUGUGCCGCUUUCCCCCGGAGUUAGCUCAGCCGCGGCUCCAUGGCCAACAGUAACAACAUGCUUCUGGCCUCAGCCGUGGUGGUGUGGGAAUGGCUCAACGAACACGGCCGGUGGCGGCCCUACAGCCCCGCCGUCUCCCACCAGAUAGAGGCGGCCAUACGGAGCAGCGACCCCCGCGGAGGGAGCGUGGUCCUCGGCCAGGUGGACAACCGGCUCUCGCCGUAUAUCAUAGACCUCCAGUCCAUGCACCAGUUCAGACAGGACACAGGAACCAUCCGUCCGGUGCGAAGGAGUUUCUAUGACCCCACUUCGGCCCCGGGUCAGGGCUGGCAGUGGGAGUGGGAAAACGAUGCAGGUUCAUGGACGCCCUACGACAUGGAGGUGGCCAUUGCCAUUGAGAGUGCCCACAACCGCCAGCAGCCUUGCCUCGACCUGACACCACUCGGCUUCUGCUACCUCAUUGAUUUUCAAAACAUGACACAGGUGAACAGACAAAGCCAGAGGUGUCGGAGGAUCCAGAGACGUGCUGAUAUGGCCUAUCCUUUAGUAUCUGGUCCUCUCCCUGUACCCAAAGGCGGAGGAGUUGGAGUAGGUGGAGGGCUAACAGGAGCCUUGCUGGGCGUGGGAGUGUCAGGGGCCAGCAUGGGGAUUGGAAGCUCUGUCUAUCCUAAUGGAGGCUUGUCAGCUCCUGGACUGGGUCAGCCCUGUUCCUGUCAGCAGUGCUUGUUGGUCCUCAGUGUGAAGACCAACACAGGAGGAGCAGGGGGUGGGGCAGCAGGGAUACAGACUCUUGGCAGACGCUCACUAACCAUGCAGCGGCCGAAGAACUCAGCACCCAUGGCCUCCAGACCUCUGAGUCCAUCUAAAUCAGCCACUCUGGGACGAGGACAGCAGCAAAACUCCAACUACUACCAGACGCUGCCGCACGGCCUCGCUAUCUCUAAAAACAUAGCCUCGCCAAGACGAAACGCCCAGCUCUUCGCUCAGUCACUGGCCGCCCUCACUGCUGGCACGUCCUCUCUGGGUGUAUCUAUGUCUUCCAACAGGCCUCCUCCGCCAUCCCUCCCGCCUCCUCAGCCUCCAUCAUCCAACCCCAGCAUGAACCCUCCAUCCAUUCCGGCCAAGCACUCCUCAUCCUCAGCCGAUUCUGUGCCAACUGCCACAUUAAUAACCCCCGCCUGCAAGGUGACCACACCCCCUUCUCCUGUGCCAUCUCCGUCGCCAGCGGUAUUGAAGCCGCAACGCGCGCCAUCGUCCGCAUCAACAGUGUGCCAUGCCCCGUUACCACAGAGGUCAAGCUUAGCCGGGCUGAGCAGACCAGCGUUACAGAGGAUUGCAAUGGCUCAGUCCAGAGCGCUCAUAGCAUCAGGUGUUCCCACCGUCCCAGUGAAGAACCUCAACGGAUCCAGUCCUGUUCACCCUGCCCUUGCUGGGAUCACAGGAAUCUUGAUGAGUGCUGCCGCUCUGCCUGUGUGUCUGACUAGGCCUCCUAAACUGGUGCUGCAUCCUCCACCUGUCAGCAAGAGCGACAUCAAACCAGUGCCAGGCUUUGGCCACUGCUGCAGGAAGACCACCAAGAAACAAGCUCGCAAGGGCAAAACCCCAGAGGAGGUGGUAAAGAAGUACCUACAAAAAGUAAAAAGUCCACCAGAGGAGGACUGUACCAUCUGUAUGGAGCCUUUGGGGGGUCCAUCUGGGUACAAAGGUCCAGGGGUGGGGCCCGUUUCCAAGGCAGAGUCAGUUGGGCGACUGGCACAGUGUGGACAUCAGUACCAUUUCCAGUGUCUAGUGGCCAUGUAUAACAACGGCAACAAGGACGGCAGUCUUCAGUGCCCCACAUGUAAAACCAUCUACGGCGUAAAGACAGGCAACCAACCAGCAGGCAAGAUGGAGUACCACGUCAUCCCUCACUCUCUACCAGGACACCCUGACUGCAAGACCAUACGCAUCAUUUACAACAUACCGCCAGGAAUUCAGGGACCAGAACAUCCGAACCCAGGGAAACCCUUCACUGCCAGAGGCUUCCCCCGACACUGCUACCUCCCAGACAGCGAAAAAGGACGCAAGGUACUGAGACUGCUCCUGGUAGCGUGGGACCGCAGGUUGAUCUUCUCAGUCGGUACUUCAAGCACUACAGGAGAGUCUGACACGGUCAUCUGGAAUGAGGUCCACCAUAAGACAGAGUUUGGCUCCAAUCUGACAGGCCACGGCUUCCCUGACCCCGGACACCUCGACAACGUCCUGGAAGAGCUCAGAGCUCAGGGCAUCACAGAGGAUGACGCACUGAUGGAAAAGUGAAUGGACAAACAAGCAGCAGACGAGGAGGAGACAUCAGUGAGAGAGCAGUGAAGGGUUAACGGGUGAAUUGGGAGGGCAGUGGGCCUCACCGUGAAAAUAACUGGAGGAAAAAAGAGGAGGAUGUGGACUGAGUCUCUGCCAGCACUUAAACGGGGUGCAGGGGGACGUUUCGGGUUAUAGAAGACAUUGGGUUUGUUUUGCAGAGGUAACCACUUAUCAAGAUGUUGAUCGAGUCACUGUUGGAUUCGCUUGUCAGUGUGAGUCAGUUCAGACUUCACAGUUCUCAAGCAGGCACAGCAACACCAGUUGGAAUUUGUGGGAGCAGCACCACAGAAGGAAAAGCAAUACAGAGGCACGGGAGGAUUAGAAAUAACACAGAGAAACAAUAAUGCAGAGAAACAAGGGCUCUCGUGGUUUCAGCUACUUCAGCGAGGUACUAAUGUGAGAAAGUAAGAAUGAAGCAGAACUAACAUUUAGGGCAAAAAACAAGUUGACUUUACUGAGAAAAAGAGUAACAUAAAAAGACGGUGGAAAGUUAGAGCAGUUCAGUGAAAACUGGGAGGGAAAGGACAAAGGGAGGGAGAAGUUGGAGCAGUGGGGGAGGUAACUGAAGGGAGGAGAACAGGAGUAAUGUAGCAGAAAGAGACAAGAUGGUGUAUGAAUGUGGCAUAGGAUAGUAGAGCCAAAUAACUUGUGUGGUACUGUUCAGGUACUUGAGCUUUUAAUAAAAACGCAUGGAAACCAGAGAGAUGAAAGAGGGUGAGGUAAAGCUGUGCGUGCUGCCUUUGAUCAAACCACCUGCCUGCUUGUGGCUGAAGUAUUGAGCUGUUGCUCCCUCUGGUGGCAAUCCUUGUGAACUACACCUCCGCCUGCAAGCUACUGUAACAAAUCAAAACAAUCCUUUUUAUUUUUUAUCAUCACUAUAAUCCUCAUGUAACAUCAUUCCAUGCAUUACCUCUUACUUAUGACUUGGGUUUAUAUGACGUAAGCUGAGUUAAUUUACGUCUGUGUUGAAAAACACAAGACCAGACCAAGGUUUUGUCAUUUGGGCAUAUUUGAGUCUUACUAUCGAGCCACUGUGGUACAAGUUAACCCUACAUACACAGGUACCAGUAUUUACAUGUAUAUCUUUAUUUUGUUUUUGUCCUUUUUGAUGCUUCAUGUGGUUUCACUGGAUGUAGAUGCUGCCGUGUCUUAUCAACAGUGGGAAGCCAGUGAGGAAAAAGUGAGGAUGUGAUGAAGAUGAGUUGUUUUUUUUGCCCAGAAUUAAGCAGUGAAGAUUUGCUUCACACCCUCAGUGUUUAGUUCUUGUUUAAUGAGCUUCACUGUCUGUGAUUAAAUCCCAGACAAAUAAACUAAGAGCCUGAUGCUGGUCUCACAGCCAGGAAGCCCCUCAGAGUGAGUGAGAGGUGGUGGGCUGGAGAGGGUGGAGAGGUUGAGAGAGAGGAGGAGCUGAAUCAAAGGUCAUGAUGUGGUCUGAGGAAACACGCUGCUGCUCAGGAGAAGUAUGUUUCAGGACCUGGGUGACAGACAAAUUACAAGCAUAUACAGGGAAAUCCCAGGACACUGGGUUUGGUUGAGUUGUAAUCUGUGGGUUUAUUUUCGUUCCACCAUCAAAUUAUCGCCCAUGUAACUGAAGACCCACUGGUGGACCAGGACCGUGGCUCCAGUCAAAUUAUGUCAAACUUGUGAUUUGAACAAAUAUGAACCAUAUUUACAUGCUUUUCAUUCCUCUCUUUACAACGAAUCUAAGACAUUUAUUGGAGACUCCAGCUGCUUGAGCUGGUAAAUCUUGAGUUAACAAAACGUUCAGCGCUGUGAAGUGGGAGGAGGUUGUUUCAACUGAUUUUUCCCAUUGACAAAGGUGCAUGACUCACUCCUCUACGGGCACAACAUUCUCCUGGUUAAAUCAUCAGUAUAAGGGAUCUGUGUUUGAAAAUAUCUGGUACUUAAUUAAAAGUCGAAAGGUACACGCUUGUUUACGUAACAACAAGGUACAAGAUCUAAUCACUGGAGUUGUAUUUCAGUCAGGUGAGCAGCUACUGGCAGAUGAGAACUGAAGAUAAAGAUUCUGUGAAAACUACAAACACAGGCUUGGAUAGAAAGUUUCACCUAACUCUUAAUAACUGAAAUUGUCAGGACUCAGAGUUGGAUCUCUCACCGGCCUCUUCUCCAUGGCAAUGGCAGCCGAGACUCAUGGGUAUUGUAGUAUUUUGACGUAUCCGCCUGUCAAAUGUUGAACAAGUCGAAAUAAUUAAAACUGGUAGUGAAAACAUUUAAUGGUCACAUGUUUCAUUACAGUGUUGAGUCACACUGACGGUGUCAUUAUAAAAAAAUGUGGAUACUGAACUGAGGAAAAGAAUCCGGAGGAAACAGCGUCGUCCACUUCACAAACGCAUCAACAGUUGAAUCCUUGUCAGUAUCAGACUGACUACAGGAAACACAUCACACCUGUAUUUACUCCUGUUAGUACUCUGGUGGUCUGUAGUUUUCAGGACAAAACACGAUAGAAAGUCUUAUUUUGAGCCUGAGAAGCGAUUUUUAAUUUGGGGCCUUUCAUUUGUGAUCGAUCAGAAACCAUUUCAGCAACAUUGACAACUCUCCUCUUAUCUCCAUGCUGCCCUGUGUGCGUGUGCAUGUGUAUGUGUAGGGGGAUUUGUGUACUGUGUAUACUACCAACAUGCUCCCAGUUUAGGGUUUUAUUUGGGUACGUGGGAAUCACAUCCUCCUUAAACUGUUUUGAUGAUUGAUGAUGCUUCUCCCUGUACUGUAACUUCUUUAUUGCUUUUUAAUAUUAAAUAUAGUUACAUGUUUAGCAUUUUAUUUACACUAUUAUAGAUUAUUUUGCCUUUUUUCAUUUCGUACAUUUAUGUUAUAGUAAUAAUAAUGCCCUUUCCUUUGUUACAAUUGUUUUAAUUGUGUACAGAAGUUAAGCAGGUUUUAAGCUGAACUCUUCUUUUCUUUGGAAAAGGAAUUUGAUGGUAGACUUUUAUCUGAGUGUGAAAUAUAAUGAAUUUUAAUAGCAAGUCAAACCCUUGCACACUUGCUCUUCUGUGAGGUAAAGAAUACUUCUGUUACUCUACACAUCAUGUGUCCAGCUCCUGGUCUGCACUGAGCGUUUCUCUUACUGCAACUCCCUGCUCUCAUGUCCUCUCUUUUAUCAGCAGUGAUUCAACCGCAGGUCACAUGAUGGAAAAAUGAUGAUGUUAAGAUCUCUAAAUGAAUGCCCUGUUGUUUAGUGGCGGUUUACUCUCUCUGAUGGCUCAAACACUGACUUUGUAUAACCACAAAGUCACUUGCAUUGACUUCAGUGUGACUUUGUGUUAUCAAAAAAAGGGUUUGGUUUUCAAACAGUGUACAAGAAAUUGAGUUAAAUGACUAUAUUUAUUACAUUGCUUUGAUUUACUGAAUCAAAUGAACUGAAUCUGAUGACAUCAUGAUUUUGUUAUUGUGGAGUUAAAAAGUGUUGUAGUCCCUCUUUAGCAGACCUUCAUCCUGGUGCAUGAAUAACCACCAUGAACUACAAAUGAUGUUGAGGAGAAUGGAUGUUGGUUAAAGGCUCUGAUCCAUGGUGUGCAGUGUCUGCAGCCAUGUCAGCAAUGUAGCAAACAGCUAUGACCAGCGUAACUCACCAUUUCAGAUUUUCUGCCUUUGGUUGUUGGUUUUUUUCCCAUCGUUACAUCUCAUCGCCACUAAAGGCAGCAUCUCCUCCAAACGUCUGCAGAUAAGGGCCUUUCUGUCGUCUUCUUAUCUGUGAGGGGAGGGUGGGGAGGAGAUGAUCAUAGGUGCUGCACGGGAGAGAGCAUUCAGACCUGUGAUUAGAAAAACAAAGUGUAAAUAAUGCCAAAUAAAUGCUGGAGUACGAAUGAUUAAUACAAGAAAAGAAAUAAAGAACGAAUGAAACGAA